AGAUGCGAUCCAGCGGCUCUGGGGGUGGCAGUGGCGGUAGCAGCUGGUACCUCCCGCCGCCUCUGUUCGGAGGGUCGCGGGGCACCGAGGUGCUUUCCGGCCGCCCUCUGGCCGGCCACCCAAAGCCGCGGGCGCUGAUGAUGGGUGAGGAGGGGGCGGCAAUAUUUCGGGCGCCCCUGCCCUGAACGCCCUCAGCUGCUGCCGCGGGGCCGCUCCAGUGCCUGUGAACUCUGAGGAGCCGAGGCGCGGGUGAGAGCAAGGACGCUGCAAACUUGCGCAGCGCGGGGGCUGGGAUUCACGCCCAGAAGUUCAGCAGGCAGACAGUCCGAAGCCUUCCCGCAGCGGAGAGAUAGCUUGAGGGUGCGCAAGACGGCAGCCUCCGCCCUCGGUUCCCGCCCAGGCCGGGCAGAGGAGCUUGGAGGAGCCAAAAGGAACGCAGGAGGCGGCCAGGACAGCGUGCAGCAGCUGGGAGCCGCCGUUCUCAGCCUGGAAAGUUGCGGAGAUUGGAGGCUGCCCCGAGAGGGGACAGGUCCCAGCUCCGACCGCGGGGGGCAGGAGAGGACGGUACCCAACUGCCACCUCCCUUUAACCAUAGUAGUUCCUCUGUACCGAGCGCAGCGAGCUACAGACGGGGGCGCGGCACUCGGCGCUGAGAGCGGGAGGCUCAAGGUCCCAGCCAGUGAGCCCAGUGUGCUUGAGGGUCUCUGGACUCGCCCCUGAGCUUCCAGGUCUGUUUCAUUUAGACUCCUGCUCGCCUCCGUGCAGUUGGGGGAAAGCAAGAGACUUGCGCGCACGCACAGUCCUCUGGAGAUCAGGUGGAAGGAGCCGCUGGGUAUCAAGGACUGUUCAGAGCCUCUUGCCAUCUGGGGGAGAGCGAAGGGUGAGGCUGGGCCCGGAGAGCAGUGUAAACGGCCUCCUCCGGCGGGAUGGGAGCCAUCGGGCUCCUGUGGCUGCUGCCGCUGCUGCUUUCCACGGCAGCUGUGGGCUCCGGGAUGGGGACCGGCCAGCGCGCGGGCUCCCCAGCUGCGGGGCCGCCGCUGCAGCCCCGGGAGCCGCUCAGCUACUCGCGCCUGCAGAGGAAGAGUCUGGCAGUGGACUUCGUGGUGCCCUCGCUCUUCCGUGUCUACGCCCGGGACCUACUGCUGCCACCAUCCUCCUCGGAGCUGAAGGCUGGCAGGCCCGAGGCGCGCGGCUCGCUCGCUCUGGACUGCGCCCCGCUGCUCAGGUUGCUGGGGCCGGCGCCGGGGGUCUCCUGGACCGCCGGCUCACCCGCCCCGGCAGAGGCCCGGACGCUGUCCAGGGUGCUGAAGGGCGGCUCCGUGCGCAAGCUCCGGCGUGCCAAGCAGUUGGUGCUGGAGCUGGGCGAGGAGGCGAUCUUGGAGGGUUGCGUUGGGCCCCCCGGGGAGGCGGCUGUGGGGCUGCUGCAGUUCAAUCUCAGCGAGCUGUUCAGUUGGUGGAUUCGCCAGGGCGAAGGGCGACUGAGGAUCCGCCUGAUGCCCGAGAAGAAGGCGUCGGAAGUGGGCAGAGAGGGAAGGCUGUCCGCGGCAAUUCGCGCCUCCCAGCCCCGCCUUCUCUUCCAGAUCUUCGGGACUGGUCAUAGCUCCUUGGAAUCACCAACAAACAUGCCUUCUCCUUCUCCUGAUUAUUUUACAUGGAAUCUCACCUGGAUAAUGAAAGACUCCUUCCCUUUCCUGUCUCAUCGCAGCCGAUAUGGUCUGGAGUGCAGCUUUGACUUCCCCUGUGAGCUGGAAUAUUCCCCUCCACUGCAUGAUCUCAGGAACCAGAGUUGGUCCUGGCGCCGCGUCCCCUCCGAGGAGGCCUCCCAGAUGGACUUGCUGGAUGGGCCUGAGGCAGAGCGUUCUAAGGAGAUGCCCAGAGGCUCCUUUCUCCUCCUCAACACCUCAGCUGACUCCAAGCACACCAUCCUGAGUCCGUGGAUGAGGAGCAGCAGUGAGCACUGCACACUGGCCGUCUCGGUGCACAGGCACCUGCAGCCCUCUGGAAGGUACAUCGCCCAGCUGCUGCCCCACAACGAAGCUGCAAGAGAGAUCCCCCUGAUGCCCACUCCAGGGAAGCAUGGUUGGACAGUGCUCCAGGGAAGAAUCGGGCACCCAGACAACCCAUUUCGAGUGGCCCUGGAAUACGUCUCCAGUGGAAACCGCAGCUUGUCUGCAGUGGACUUCUUUGCCCUGAAGAACUGCAGUGAAGGAACAUCCCCAGGCUCCAAGAUGGCCCUGCAGAGCUCCUUCACUUGUUGGAAUGGGACAGUCCUCCAGCUUGGGCAGGCCUGUGACUUCCACCAGGACUGCGCCCAGGGAGAAGAUGAGAGCCAGAUGUGCCGGAAACUGCCUGUGGGUUUUUACUGCAACUUUGAAGAUGGCUUCUGUGGCUGGACCCAAGGUACACUCUCACCCCACACUCCUCAGUGGCAGGUCAGGACCCUAAAGGACGCCCGGUUCCAGGACUACCAAGACCGUGCUCUAUUGCUCAGUACCACUGAUGUCCCCACUUCUGAAAGUGCUACAGUGACCAGUGCUACGUUUCCUGCACCGAUCAAGAGCUCUCCAUGUGAGCUCCGAAUGUCCUGGCUCAUUCGUGGAGUCUUGAGGGGAAACGUGUCCUUGGUGCUAGUGGAGAACAAAACCGGGAAGGAGCAAGGCAGGAUGGUCUGGCAUGUCGCCGCCUACGAAGGCUUGAGCCUGUGGCAGUGGACGGUGUUGCCUCUCCUCGAUGUGUCUGACAGGUUCUGGCUGCAGAUGGUCGCAUGGUGGGGACAAGGAUCCAGAGCCAUCGUGGCUUUUGACAAUAUCUCCAUCAGCCUGGACUGCUACCUCACCAUUAGUGGAGAGGACAAGAUCCCACAGAAUACAGCACCCAAAUCAAGAAACCUGUUUGAGAGAAACCCAAACAAGGAGCUGAAACCCGGGGAAACUUCACCAAGACAGACCCCCAUCUUUGACCCUACAGUUCAUUGGCUGUUCACCACAUGUGGGGCCAGCGGGCCCCAUGGUCCCACCCAGGCGCAGUGCAACAACGCCUACCAGAACUCCAACUUGAGCGUGGAGGUGGCGAGCGAGGGCCCCCUGAAGGGCAUCCAGAUCUGGAAGGUGCCAGCUACCGACACCUACAGCAUCUCGGGCUACGGAGCUGCUGGCGGGAAAGGCGGGAAGAACACCAUGAUGCGGUCCCAUGGCGUGUCUGUGCUGGGCAUCUUCAACCUGGAGAAGGAUGACACACUGUACAUCCUGGUUGGGCAGCAGGGAGAGGACGCCUGCCCCCGUACAAACCAGUUAAUCCAGAAAGUCUGCAUUGGAGAGAACAAUGUGAUAGAAGAAGAAAUCCGUGUGAACAGAAGCGUGCAUGAGUGGGCAGGAGGAGGAGGAGGAGGGGGUGGAGCCACCUACGUAUUUAAGAUGAAGGAUGGAGUGCCGGUGCCCCUGAUCAUUGCAGCCGGAGGUGGCGGCAGGGCCUACGGGGCCAAGACAGACACGUUCCACCCAGAGAGACUGGAGAAUAACUCCUCGGUUCUAGGGCUAAACGGCAAUUCCGGAGCCGCAGGUGGUGGAGGUGGCUGGAAUGAUAACACUUCCUUGCUCUGGGCCGGAAAAUCUUUGCAGGAGGGUGCCACCGGAGGACAUUCCUGCCCCCAGGCCAUGAAGAAGUGGGGGUGGGAGACAAGAGGGGGUUUCGGAGGGGGUGGAGGGGGGUGCUCCUCAGGUGGAGGAGGCGGAGGAUAUAUAGGCGGCAAUGCAGCCUCAAACAAUGACCCCGAAAUGGAUGGGGAAGAUGGGGUUUCCUUCAUCAGUCCACUGGGCAUCCUGUACACCCCAGCUUUAAAAGUGAUGGAAGGCCACGGGGAAGUGAAUAUUAAGCACUAUCUAAACUGCAGUCACUGUGAGGUAGACGAAUGUCACAUGGACCCUGAAAGCCACAAGGUCAUCUGCUUUUGUGACCACGGGACGGUGCUGGCUGAGGAUGGCGUCUCCUGCAUUGUGUCACCCACCCCGGAGCCACACCUGCCACUGUCGCUGAUCCUUUCUGUGGUGACCUCUGCCCUCGUGGCUGCCCUGGUCCUGGCUUUCUCCGGCAUCAUGAUUGUGUACCGCCGGAAGCACCAGGAGCUGCAAGCCAUGCAGAUGGAGCUGCAGAGCCCUGAGUACAAGCUGAGCAAGCUCCGCACCUCGACCAUCAUGACCGACUACAACCCCAACUACUGCUUUGCUGGCAAGACCUCCUCCAUCAGUGACCUGAAGGAGGUGCCGCGGAAAAACAUCACCCUCAUUCGGGGUCUGGGCCAUGGCGCCUUUGGGGAGGUGUAUGAAGGCCAGGUGUCCGGAAUGCCCAAUGACCCAAGCCCCCUGCAAGUGGCUGUGAAGACGCUGCCUGAAGUGUGCUCAGAACAGGACGAACUGGAUUUCCUCAUGGAAGCCCUGAUCAUCAGCAAAUUCAACCACCAGAACAUCGUUCGCUGCAUCGGAGUGAGCCUGCAAGCCCUGCCCCGGUUCAUCCUGCUGGAGCUCAUGGCCGGGGGAGACCUCAAGUCCUUCCUCCGAGAGACCCGCCCUCGCCCGAGCCAGCCCUCCUCCCUGGCCAUGCUGGACCUUCUGCACGUGGCUCGGGACAUUGCCUGUGGCUGUCAGUAUUUGGAGGAAAACCACUUCAUCCACCGAGACAUUGCUGCCAGAAACUGCCUCUUGACCUGUCCAGGCCCUGGAAGAGUGGCCAAGAUUGGAGACUUUGGGAUGGCCCGAGACAUCUACAGGGCGAGCUACUAUAGAAAGGGAGGCUGUGCCAUGCUGCCAGUUAAGUGGAUGCCCCCAGAGGCCUUCAUGGAAGGAAUAUUCACUUCUAAAACAGACACAUGGUCCUUUGGAGUGCUGCUGUGGGAAAUCUUUUCUCUCGGAUAUAUGCCAUACCCCAGCAAAAGCAACCAGGAAGUUCUGGAGUUCGUCACCAGUGGAGGCCGGAUGGACCCACCCAAGAACUGCCCUGGGCCUGUAUACCGGAUAAUGACUCAGUGCUGGCAACAUCAGCCUGAAGACAGGCCCAACUUUGCCAUCAUUUUGGAGAGGAUUGAAUACUGCACCCAGGACCCGGAUGUAAUCAACACCGCUUUGCCGAUAGAAUAUGGUCCACUUGUGGAAGAGGAAGAGAAAGUGCCCGUGAGGCCCAAGGACCCUGAGGGGGUUCCUCCUCUCCUGGUCUCUCAACAGGCGAAACCGGAGGAGGAGCGCAGCCCAGCUGCCCCACCACCUCUGCCUACCACCUCCUCUGGCAAGGCUGCAAAGAAACCCACAGCUGCAGAGGUCUCUGUUCGACUCCCUAGAGGGCCGGCUGUGGAAGGGGGACACGUGAAUAUGGCAUUCUCUCAGUCCAACCCCCCUUCGGAGUUGCACAAGGUCCAGGGAUCCAGAAACAAGCCCACCAGUUUGUGGAACCCAACGUACGGCUCCUGGUUUACAGAGAAACCCACCAAAAAGAAUAAUCCUCUAGCAAAGAAGGAGCCACACGAGAGGGGUAACCUGGGGCUGGAGGGAAGCUGUACUGUCCCACCUAACGUUGCAACUGGGAGACUUCCGGGGGCCUCACUGCUCCUAGAGCCCUCUUCGCUGACUGCCAAUAUGAAGGAGGUACCUCUGUUCAGGCUACGUCACUUCCCUUGUGGGAAUGUCAAUUACGGCUACCAGCAACAGGGCUUGCCCUUAGAAGCCGCUACUGCCCCUGGAGCUGGUCAUUACGAGGACACCAUUCUGAAAAGCAAGAAUAGCAUGAACCAGCCUGGGCCCUGAGCUCGGUCGCACACUCACUUCUCUUCCUUGGGAUCCCUAAGACCGUGGAGGGGAGAGAGAGGCAAUGGCUCCUUCACAAACCAGAGACCAAAUGUCACUUUUUGUUUUGUGCCAACCUAUUUUGAAGUACCACCAAAAAAGCUGUAUCUUGAAAAUGCUUUAGAAAGGUUUUGAGCAUGGGUUCAUCCUAUUCUUUCGAAAGAAGAAAAUGUCAUAAAAAUGAGUGAUAAAUACAAGGCCCAGAUGUGGUUGCAUAAGGUUUUUAUGCAUGUUUGUUGUAUACUUCCUUAUGCUUCUUUUAAAUUGUGUGUGCUCUGCUUCAAUGUAGUCAGAAUUAGCUGCUUCUAUCUAUGUUUCAUAGUCGGGGUCAUAGAUGUUUCCUUGCCUUGUUGAUGUGGACAUGAGCCAUUUGAGGGGAGAGGGAACAGAAAUAAAGGUGUUAUUUGUAAUGACU